AUGGCUACUACCAAGAUAUUCAAACCGGCUACCCAUGAGGUUGGAGCCUCGGAUCCUAUUCUCACUCGCAUCGCCGAGGAAGACAAAGUGCCCUGGUUUCGCAAGCGGAACUUGCGAUAUCUCUACUUCAUGCUCUUUCCGACAUGCAUGGGCAUUGAGUUGACUUCUGGAUUCGAUUCGCAAAUGAUCAAUGCCCUGCAGAUUGUCCCGUCUUGGAUUGAAUACUUUGGCAACCCUCAGGGGUCUCUGAAAGGCAUCAUCGCCGCGGCAUAUUCUCUUGGAGCCAUCUGCUCUCUCCCCUUCAUUCCGAUUGUAAAUGAGAAACUCGGAAGAAGAGGAUCGAUCUUCCUUGGUUCGCUCAUCAUGGUCGUUGGCGCCCUCAUCCAAGGGUUUGCGCGGAACGUUGGCAUGUACAUCGCCGCACGUCUCAUUCUGGGUUUUGGAAUACCGACCUGCAUUGUCUCUGGCUCUGCGCUGAUUGGAGAGCUCGGGUAUCCCAAGGAACGCCCUGUGUUGACGUCUCUGUUCAACGUGUCCUAUUUCAUAGGUCAAAUUGCUGCUGCUGGAAUCACUUUCGGAACGAACAGCAUCGCAAGCAACUGGGCCUGGCGGAUUCCAUCUCUGCUCCAGAUGGCACCGUCAAUGUUGCAGCUUUUCUUCGUCUACUUUUUGCCCGAAAGCCCACGUUGGCUGAUCACAAAGGACCGCCCUGAGGAAGCGUACGACAUCCUUGUCAAAUAUCAUGCCGAAGGCGACCGGGACUCUGAGUUUGUGCGUGCGGAAAUGGCUCAAAUGCAAACGACCAUCCGUCUGGAGCUGGAGGCGUCCAGGAAAUCUUGGUUGUCCGUCGUCUCUUCCGCGGGCAUGCGGCGACGUGUCUUCAUCUCGUCGUUCCUCGGCCUAUUCACCCAGUGGUCGGGCAAUACGCUGAUCUCAUAUUACCUCGGUGACCUGCUGGCCAUGAUCGGUCACACCGACAGCAUCUUCAAGCAGAAGAUCAAUCUCGGCAACUCGUGCUGGUCCCUUGUCUGUGCCUUUACGGCCGCGAUGCUGGUGACGCGCUUCAAGCGCCGGACCAUGUACCUCGCGUGCACGUGCAGCUUACUCGUCGUCUACAUCUGCUGGACCGUGACGAUGCAGCAAUCCAUCUCGGCCGUCGACGCCGGUCGGUCAAACACCGCGGCAGGCACCGCGACCAUCUUCUUCAUUUUCCUCUACGCACCGUGCUACAACAUCGGCUACAACGCCCUGACGUACACCUACCUCGUGGAGCUCUGGCCGUACGCGGAACGGUCUCGCGGCAUCGCCGUCUUCCAACUGUUUGGCAGGCUGGCCGGGUUUUUCACCACGUUUGUCAACCCCAUCGGCCUGGACAACAUCAGCUGGAAGUGGCUGAUCACCUACUGUUGCUGGCUGGCCUUUGAGAUCUGCUUCGUGUGGUGGUUCUUUCCCGAGACCGCGGGCAGGACACUGGAGGAAUUGGCCUUUUUGUUCGAGGACAAAGCGCUCGCCGACCAGGCAGUCGUGGCUGUCGAAAAGGUUGUGCACCACGAAGACAUGGACCCCGUAGCCAUGGACGUCAAGCGCGCCGAGAUUGGCCACGCCGAGGUCGUCGAAUCCGUUGCGGAGAAGGUGACGAAGGUGUAG